GUCAGCCUUCUCAAAUAUUUAUGGAUUAAAUUAUUUCGCAGCUCCGGGAGUUCCAUACUCCGUGAUAUUUACGGAGUGUAGUAUGUCUUAAACGGAGGAGCAUUUGCCAUAUUCAGCGUUGGGCUUUCGCCUCUGAUCGGGGGGUUACGUACUACUUUGUCUAUUUAGCUCUAUAGCUGCCCGGCCUCCUGGAAUGCUCGACUAAAUAAUACGCCAAAAGAUUGAAUUUUGGAGUUUUAUUUUUCUCCAGACUGUUGAAAUCUCAAGGGGUUUUGUGAUUUAAUAAUCGCCGGUAUCGGAAAUGGCUACGAAUGCUGGAAGAAGACUGAUUGCUGGUUCUCACAAUAGGAAUGAGUUCGUUCUCAUCAAUGCUGAUGACAUUGGAAGAAUAAAGUCUCUGAAAGAAAUAAGUGGCCAAAUAUGUAAAAUUUGUGGGGAUGAAGUGGAGAUUAUUGAUAAAGAGGGAGAACUCUUUGUUGCGUGCAACGAGUGUGCUUUCCCUGUUUGUAGACCCUGCUAUUCGUAUGAGAGAAGAGAGGGGAGCCAAGCCUGCCCUCAGUGCAAAACUAGAUACAGACGUAUCAAAGGUUGUCCUCGGGUUGAAGGAGACGAGGAAGAGGAUGAUGUUGAUGACUUGGAACGCGAGUUUGCUUAUACUGAUGAUACUGAAGCUUUGGGAAGAAAAGGGGAAGAAGAAAAAGCUUUGGGACGAAAUGUAGUUAAUGGAACAAUUCCUGCUUCUGUUGGCUAUCGUGGACGCUUAUCUGGGAAUGAUGAAGCAUCUACACCUGAACCCAGUAUAGGAUUAUUGACAUAUAGAGAAAUGGAGGCUCCAAUCUCUGAUGGUCAGCAUGCUCUCGUAGUAUCUUCAGCUGCAUCUUUGCAAUGUAGACCAAUGGUUCCACAGAAGGACAUUGCAUUGUAUGGCUAUGGGAGUGUGGCAUGGAAGGAACGCAUGGAGGCGUGGAAGAUGAACCAAGGAAGCAAACUUCAAGUAGUCAAGCAUCAAGGGUACAGUAAUGAACUUGAUGAUCCUGGUUUGCCCAUGAUGGAUGAAGGGAGACAGCCACUGUCAAGGAAAAUGCCCAUUGCUUCUAGCAAAAUAAAUCCAUACAGGAUACUCAUCAUUCUGCGCCUUGUCAUUCUUGGCUUCUUUUUCCAAUAUAGGAUUCUCCAUCCAGUUGAUGAUGCCUAUGGGUUGUGGUUGACUUCAGUUAUUUGUGAGAUAUGGUUUGCAGUAUCAUGGAUUCUUGAUCAGUUCCCAAAAUGGUGCCCACUGGUCAGAGAAACCUAUCUGGAUCGCCUAUCGCUUAGGUAUGAGAAAGAAGGAAAGCCAUCUGAAUUGGCUCCAAUUGAUGUUUUUGUGAGUACAGUCGAUCCCAUGAAAGAGCCUCCGUUGAUAACUGCAAACACCGUUUUAUCUAUUCUAGCAGUUGAUUAUCCAGUUGAAAAGGUUUCAUGCUAUGUCUCGGAUGAUGGUGCUGCCAUGCUUACAUUUGAAGCUCUUUCUGAGACAUCUGAAUUUGCUAGGAGAUGGGUCCCCUUCUGCAAAAAAUUCAGCAUUGAACCUCGGGCUCCAGAAUGGUAUUUUUCUCAGAAAAUUGAUUAUCUAAAGAACAAAGUUAAUCCAGAUUUUGUAAGAGAGCGGCGUGCAAUGAAGAGAGAGUACGAAGAGUUCAAAGUUAGGAUAAAUGGUUUGGUUGCAAUGGCCCAAAAGGUCCCAGAUGAAGGUUGGACGAUGCAAGACGGUACCCCUUGGCCUGGAAACAAUGUCAGGGACCAUCCUGGUAUGAUCCAGGUAUUCCUUGGUCAAGAAGGCAUUAAGGAUAUAGAAGGAAAAGAGUUGCCUCAAUUGGUUUAUGUUUCUCGUGAGAAGAGACCCGGCUUUGAUCAUCACAAAAAAGCAGGAGCCAUGAACUCUUUGGUGAGGGUUUCGGCUGUAAUCUCGAAUGCCCCUUUCCUUCUGAACGUCGACUGUGACCACUAUAUCAACAACAGCAAGGCGUUGAGAGAAGCCAUGUGUUUCCUUAUGGACCCCAUUUCAGGAAAAAAGAUUUGUUAUGUUCAGUUUCCUCAAAGGUUUGACGGGAUUGAUCGGCAUGAUCGAUACUCGAACAGGAAUGUCGUGUUUUUUGAUAUAAACAUGAAAGGUUUAGAUGGGUUGCAAGGACCGAUAUAUGUGGGGACGGGGUGUGUGUUCAGAAGGGAAGCACUAUAUGGAAAUGAUGCUCCCGCGAAGAAGAAGAAAGCUAACAGGACAUGCAAUUGCUGGUCAAAACUGUGCUGCUUCUGCUGUGGGUCUAGGAAGGCCAAUAAAGGGAAAACAAAGACAGAGAGGAAGAAGAAAAAGAAACACAGAGGGGAGACUUCAAAGCAGAUUCACGCGCUUGAAACAAUUGAGGAAGGAAUUGAAGAAGGUGACGAUCAAUCAUCUCAUGCUGCUGCUGCUUCACAAACAGCAUUGGAGAAGAAGUUUGGGCAAUCUCCAGUGUUUAUAGCGUCAACACUUGUGGCAGAAAAUGGAGGCGUUGGGAAGGAUGCUAGCAGCAGCAGUAGUAGUAGCACAGCUCUAUUACAAGAGGCCAUUCAUGUGAUCAGCUGCGGUUAUGAAGAUAAAACUGAAUGGGGAAAGGAGGUUGGGUGGAUAUACGGAUCGGUUACGGAGGAUAUAUUGACAGGGUUCAAGAUGCAUUGCCGUGGGUGGCGGUCGGUGUACUGCAUCCCAAAGCGCCCUGCAUUUAAGGGGUCAGCCCCUAUCAACCUCUCAGACCGUCUCCACCAGGUUCUGAGAUGGGCCCUUGGGUCUGUUGAGAUCUUCAUGAGCAAGCACUGCCCGAUAUGGUAUGGGUACGGAGGCGGCUUGAAUUGGUUGGAACGCUUCUCCUACAUCAACUCCGUUGUCUAUCCCUUUACUUCCCUUCCCUUGAUUGUCUACUGUUCCUUGCCCGCCAUCUGCUUACUCACUGGAAAAUUCAUUGUUCCUGAGAUAAGUAAUUACGGGAGCAUUCUGUUCAUGGCUAUGUUCAUGGCGAUAGCUGCAACAGGAAUCGUUGAGAUGCAAUGGGGUGGGGUUGGGAUAGACGACUGGUGGAGAAACGAGCAGUUCUGGGUGAUAGGAGGUGCUUCCUCCCACCUCUUUGCACUCUUCCAGGGUUUGCUCAAGGUCUUAGCUGGCGUCGACACCAACUUCACAGUCACCUCAAAAGGAGGAGGAGGGGACGACGGCAUGGAUUUCUCUGAGCUGUACGUCUUCAAGUGGACGUCGUUACUGAUACCCCCGACAACCCUGCUGGUAAUAAACACGGUGGGGAUUGUGGUAGGGGUGUCGGAUGCCAUCAACAACGGGUACGAUUCGUGGGGGCCCCUCUUUGGAAGGCUCUUCUUUGCCCUAUGGGUCAUCAUGCAUCUGUACCCAUUCCUCAAAGGGUUGCUGGGGAAGCAAGACAGGAUACCCACCAUAGUCAUUGUUUGGUCAAUCCUGCUGGCUUCAGUGUUGACCCUGCUGUGGGUAAGAAUCAACCCCUUCGUCUCAAGAGAUGGGCCUGUGCUGGAGGUGUGUGGAUUGAGUUGUGAUGACUGACUCACUCACUCAGUACAAACAACAAUAUUCUUUUGCCACAACGAGAAAGGAGAGAAAUAUUAUAAAAAAAGAAACCCGAGGUUCUUUGGUUGAACACAAAAAAACUCUCCGAGGCCACAACCACAAGUCUGAGCUUUUAGUUGGAUUCGUUCCUUGACAUACACUACUCAAUAUAUGAUGGAGGGCUGUGUAGAUAUGAACUGGCAACGGGCAGAGCUUCUUGACAACGUACACAUUGAGAUUCCU